CCGAGCCAACGAGAAGGAGCGACGGGGGCGAGGGAAUUGGUGUGAGGAGGACGAGCCGACGAGAACGAGAACGAGCGAAGGGAGGGAGAUUUGGGGGAUUUGGGGGUGCAACGAUGUGAAGGUGAGCGAGCGAGCAGCGACGGGAAGAGUGGAAGCGGAGCGAUGGCGGAGCAAAAUAUUCAUCCUCCGGGAUCGGGCGCGGAGCAUGGCGGCGGGCAGGCAAGUUUUGCUGUGAUUUCCGCAGCGCCUGUGGCAGCGCCAGGGAUCACGUUCGGCAGUGGUGGUGGUGGUGGUGGUGGCGGUGCGGGAGAAACUCCUGCGCCCCCGGGAGUCGGAUCAUCGAGCCAGAAUGACGCAUCGGCAGCGGCUGCAGCUGCUGGAACGGGAGUGCAGAACUCGAGGGAUGAAGAGAUGGCGGAGGCUGUGGAGGAUGAGAAAGAUAGCCCUCCCGAGAGCCCGACGAGGCGCGCGGACGGAGGAGAAGGUGUGGAUUAUGAGGUUUCCGAAGAAAGUAAGAAGGCUCGCGAGAAGCAGGAGCACAAGGUGCAACAGUUGUUGAUGCGCCGGCGAGCGAAUGCUCUGGCUGUUCCUACCAAUGACUCGGCCGUGCGAGCUCGUCUUCGGAGCCUGCAGCAGCCGAUCACGCUCUUUGGAGAAAGAGAGAUGGAAAGGAGGGAUCGUCUGCGUGCGGUUAUGGCCCGGCUCGAUGCUGAUGGAGAGCUCGAGAAGCUUUUGCAAGCGCAGGAAGCUGCCGGCGAUGGCGCUGCCGCAGCGGGAGUGGAAGAUGCUGGAACGAGUGAAGAAGUGCUGGAACCAGAACCUUCACUUUUAGAACCGUUCAUCACCGAGGGGAGUAAUGAGUUAAGGCAAGCUCGCAUGGAGAUUUUGAAGUUCUCUAUGCCCAGGGCUGCAAUGAGAAUCCAGAGAGCCAAAAGGAAGAGAGAGGAUCCUGACGAAGAUGAGAAUGCAGAAACAGACGAAGUUCUGCAAGGCAUGGCUCAGACCUCGAUGGAAUGCAGCGAAAUAGGAGAUGAGCGUCCUCUCUCUGGAUGUGCCCUCUCUCCAGACGGAUUCUUAUUGGCCACCAGUAGCUGGAGUGGGCACACUAAGCUCUGGGAAGUGCCCGCAGUAAAGAAAACGGUCGUGCUCAAGGGACAUACUGAGAGAGUAACAGGAGUUGCAUUUCACCCACAGUCUUGCAAGACUCUUUCUUCUUCUGCUGGAAAUAUUGCUACCGGUUCCGCCGAUUGCAAAGCUAUGUUAUGGAGCCUUGAAGGCACACGCUUGAGAAGUUUCGAGGGACACUUGGAGCGACUUGCGAGGGUUGCUUUCCACCCUGCAGGUCUUUAUUUGGGAACUGCAAGCUUUGAUAAAACUUGGAGGUUGUGGGAUAUCAACACCGGAACGGAAUUGUUACUGCAAGAAGGCCACAGCAGAAGUGUUUAUGGAAUUGCCUUUCAAAAAGAUGGGUCAUUGGCUGCCUCAUGUGGACUAGAUGCCCUAGCUCGAGUGUGGGAUCUGCGAACGGGAAGAAGCAUUCUUGCUCUUGAAGGUCACGUAAAAUCGGUUUUAAGCGUAGACUUUUCACCAAAUGGAUAUCAUCUCGCCACCGGGAGUGCGGAUCAUACUUGUAGGGUGUGGGAUAUGCGGAAGAAGCAAUCCUUAUACAUCAUACCUGCACACGCGUCUAUAAUAUCUCAAGUCAAGUAUGAACCUUCUGAAGGUUACUUUCUCGUCACAGCUUCAUAUGACAACACUGCCAGGAUCUGGUCAGCGAGAGAUUUUAAACCCGUAAAAACACUGGCCGGGCACGAAGGAAAGGUUAUGGAUCUGGACGUAAUGGAAGAUGGACAGUAUAUUGCGACCGUGUCUUCGGAUCGAACCAUAAAACUCUGGUCACAUUUCAAUUCCUGAGCGAAGACUUAAAGAACGGUGGUGGAUCGUGUUCCUCAAUUCUUUGAUCAGAGCUCGCUAGCUGAUGUGUCGCAGGUCACCUAGAGCUCGCAGCCUCCUUCCAUGAAAUCUACUGGAGAAGGUGUUGCCCUUCAAUUAUCACGAGUCUAGCUUCAGCAGGCUGCACCAAUGAUUGUUAAUUAGAACGGGCACAAGUGCUUUCAUUCUAAUUUCAUGGGAGAAACUUCGCAGUAUAGCGUACAGUUGAUUGGGGCCGAGGAAUUGGUAACUUGUCCUUUUACACUGAGGAGUAACUUUAUCGGAUUAGGAAUCGAAGAAUCCUGCGAAGCGCGGAUGAGAUUAGCAAGGAUGGUCGUAGUCGUCCCUACUUCUAUCGACGACCGUCGGCAUAAAGAUGGACACGUUUUGUACCUAAUCAAUGUGUUAUCUUUCGAGACUGAAUUAGUCAUCUGUAUUUGUUGCGGUGGACCUGGAUGAGAUACGUUUUUCCGUGAUAUUUGCGGGUCAGCUGAUUCGAAGAGUGGAAUGGCACGAUAUAGGGUCAAUGACGUCUCGCCAUGAGUUGAGACGCAGACUACUGAGCCCAAAUGUAAAUUGUUUCAUAUGGACCUUUUUCAAAAAUAUGUACAAUUUGAAAUAACGAAGUUCAUUGGUGAAUUCACCCGCUGCUUUGUCGAAUAUUUGUACAGCUGCAAACGUCGCAUAUUUCACUGCUAUUCACCAUAAUACCCACCGCGACAACCACUGGAGAGAGUAAUCUUCGGUAAAUCAAACAUCUUCUCUCCCAUUUCCUCGCACAUUGUAGUGGUUUAGACUCUGGCUUUGAAAAUGAAAAAACGGCAUAAUUCGAAUAAGGUGAAUGUCUAAGAAUGGUACAUAGUUGCACACUCUGCAAGGGAGUGUAUAUUUCGUCUCGGAAAGCGCAGUGCAGUUGCCCCGAGGAACGCGAGCCAGGUAGAACGGCCAGUGAUGCCACUCGCACAGUCUGGACUGGAGCACAGCACAUGGAAACAACACGAGCAAUUACGGCCAGUCCAUGACCCACUUCCGAACAGGAACGAUCUCGCGGGCGAUUUCCCAGGUCUGGAUGGGCUCGACGAAGAGGUGGGGCACGUUGAGGUAGAUGCUGCGGCGCGCCAUGUGCAGGGUAAUGUGCCAGGCGCAGGUUUCAGCAUCCUUGAAAUCGAUGGUUUCCUGGGCCAAAUCCCACAGGCCCUGGAGCUGCGCGGGCGAGAGCUUGGCGUUGUUCGUCAACCACUUGUCGUAAUUGUAGGCCAGAGGAAUGUGGUCCAUCUUGGUGGGAAGGAUCUCGAGGUUACACUUCUCGUAGCCGUCGUACCGAAACUCCUUCAUGGCAUACUCAUACGGCUUCUGGACCAAGCCUCCGACUCCCUUAAACCUCAAGGUCAGAGGAAUGCGCAGGCCGCCCUCGCGGAUGUCGAAUUUGUUGAGAGGCCACAUCUUCUCCACCACGGGGCGUGGGAAGGGGCCGUAGGCUUCGAUCAC